AUUCUGAAAGUGAAGAUGAAAGUGAUGAAGAAAAUGAUGAUAUUUCUGAAACUUCUGAAAAAGAAGAUGACAAUAGUGAGAUGGCUAAUGAUAUAACAAUCAGUAGUAAAGAAGAAUCUUUUACACAAUUUCAUGGACCCGAUUUUAAAUGUAGUGAUAAUGAUACCAUUGAUUCAACAGAACAAUAG